GCCCCCAGUUUCCUUCACGUGUGUUUGGAGCUGUGUGUCUUUUCGGCUCGUUAGUUUAACAUUAAAAGCAGCGGGUUUUCCACUAUAAAUGGAUCUGGCUGCAAGGGAUUCUUAUAUUCAGAAGCUCGCCAGCCGAGUGAUUUCCAACCGAGAGCAGGAACCGAAGAAGAGACCGUUCGUGCCUUACAGAGGACCAAAUGAUGGUGGUCCAAAGAAGAAACAGGGUAAAAAAAAGAAACUUACCAAAGAGAAUCUGAGCAACAAGCCCAAGCAGAAUCCCAUACCACAGAAGAAGCCGUCACCUGGUCAGGCGACACAAAAAGUGAACGGCUCGCUACCUGUCGCCGCGAAGGCAGCAAAAACCCCUGAAUGUGUAAAGUUCUCAACUGUUGAUGUCCUGCGAAAGAGGCUGCAUGAGAAGAUUGAAGAGUCCAGAGGGCAGGGAGCACCUAAGGAUGCAUUAUCUGAGGCGGUCCAGGCCAAGCGAGCCAAGAGGAAGCUGGAACGAGAGCGAAAGAAAAGAAAGAAGAAGGAGUUCAGGAUGAAAAAAAUGGCCGAAGAGACCGCACAAGAGCAGCCGCCAGAGAUCAAAGAGGAAGAGGUGAAGCCCAAACCUGCUGAAACCAAACGCAGCCAGACCGCACUCAUCUUUAACAAAGUGGAGACUGUGGAGGAGAGAUAUGUGGACAAAGCCUUGAAAAAGAAGAUAAAGAAGGAGAGCACAAAGGGAAAAAUCACUCCACUGACCGGGAGGAACUACAAGCAGCUGCUGACUCGGGUGGAGGCGAGGAAGACAAAGGUGGAGCAGCUGAGAGAGAAGGAUGAGGGGAAAGCUCGCGAGUUGGAAGAGAAGAUCAAGUGGACCAACACUCUGUACAAAGCCGAGGGGCUGAAAAUCAAGGACGAUGAGGACAUGCUGCGAGCCUCCCUGAAGAGGAAGGAGAAGAUGAAGGCGCAGAAGAAGAAGCGAUGGAACGAGCGCAGUGAGAACAUUCUGGAGAAGAUGCAGAAGAGGCAGGACAAGAGGAGGAAAAACAUCCAGAUGCGGAAGCGAGCUAAAACGGAGAAGAAGAAGGAGAAGGCCAGGAAGAGGGGCAGGGUGCUGCCAGAAGACUUGAAGAAAGCAUCAGUCUAGAGUUGUAGUCUGGUAGAUGGGAGGCAGUGGCUUUGUCAAUAGACGGCGACUAGUGCAAACAUUGUGACCUCGUCUAUCAUUGUCAUCUGACCCCUGCUGCGCGGUAUUACACCAGCACUGGGGAAAACGUGUGCAGCAGCUGCUUGGGGAUGAUCAAGUCUGUUAAAAAAAAAAAAUCUGAACGAGAAUGAAUUCCAAAUUGUUCCACUGACUUUUGGGGUGGCAACAUGUUUGGGCACGUGGUCCUUGUGUGUUGACUGACUAUGAAUCACUGAAGGGCAGCCAAAAUGUUUUUAACAUUCAUAAACUAACCAGCAAAGUUUAGUCUUUGUUUCUGUCUUUCCUCCAUGAGAUCCGAUUAUGAAUUGAAACCUGUCAUUACACUUUUUGGAAAGAUUAAAAAAAUGAAUCCUAAAUAAGUGUUAUUCAUAGUAUUAAUGUCUAGUACUCAUGAUGACAAUACACUUUAGAGUUUACAUAAACCUCAACGCGCAGCAGACACUUUUUAUUUAAUUUUUUUUUUUUGUUUGAACUACUUAUCUUUCAGACUGACCCAUACAGAAAUGGUAUUAAUUUGAAUUCUAUAGUUUUUGUUUAACCUCUCCCUUUACAAUAUGGAAGUGUUUCUAACUUGAGGUCUUUAGCUUCAAGUCAAGUUCAGUAUAUGGAUGUGUUUGUCUCUUCUUUAUUUAAAUUUUUUAUUGCUAUAUUAAUUGACUAAUCAGAUGGUAGA